AUGGAUAUCUCAGAACAAACUCUAAAAGAAGUGUUCUUAGGACAGGAUGUAGCUGAGAUACUUAGCAGGAGAAAGCUACAUAUUCAAGGUCUAACAAGUAACCAGCUCACAACAAGUGUCAAGGAAAUUCUAGGAUCUGCCUCCAAAACUAACAAGGCAAUAAAAAACACAGAAAAUAAAGAAAACCAGAAUUUAAUCAGAAACAACUAUGAAGAAUCAAGUAAAGAUAAGGAAGAGAGAAUUCAAAACCAAGCUGAAGCUAA